GUGUUUCCUGUUAUUCCCUGAGGUUGACUGUAGAGCAGCUAGCCUGAUGCUAAACUAACAUGUCUCUGCUACAUCAGCAGACCUUCACGUAGCCAAAUGAAACGAGAAACAUGCGACGACUGAUCAGAAACGUGUCGAACAUGAAGCUGUGGAUGGAGACUGAUGUGUUGAUCAGCUGGUUAUCUUUAGUGUAGCUCUUUGUGUCACCGUGUCUGCUAGUUAGCUCCAGGGAGCUAAUGAGAGCUAGCAACAUGGAGCUGGGAACAAUGUUGUACAACAACCUGAAAGAUGUGACCUGGAGCACCACGUCUCUACCUUUAGACCAACUAGUCAGCUCUUACAGGCUGCCGCAGAUCGCCAGGCUGGAUCACGGUCAGUUGGUUGAAGGGCUCAGAGACAAUGACUACCUCUUGCUUCAUUCCUGCCGUCAGUGGACGACUAUUACUGCUCACAGUCUGGAGGAGGGACACUAUGUCAUUGGGCCCAAAAUAGAGAUCCCAGUGCACUAUGAAGGUCAGUUUAAGCUACUGGAGCAGGACAGAGAUGUCAAGGAGCCUGUGCAGUACUUCAACAGCGUGGAGGAGGUGGCCAAAGCAUUCCCUGAGAGGGUAUAUGUCAUGGAAGAAAUCACUUUCAAUGUUAAGAUGGCUUCAGGGGAAUGCAACGAAGAUACCGAAGUUUACAACAUUACACUAAGCACCGGUGACGAACUGACAUUAAUGGGCCAGGCUGAGAUCCUGUAUGCCAAGGCCUCCAGAGAAAAAUCCAGAUUCAACACAAUUUUUAAGAAGAUCGGGAAGCUGAACUCCAUCAGUAGGAUCGGUCGAAGCAAGAUGCCUUGCUUGAUCUGCAUGAACCACCGCACCAACGAGAGCAUCAGCCUGCCUUUCCAGUGCAAAGGCAGGUUCAGCACCUGCAGUCCGCUGGAGCUGCAGAUGCAGGACGGCGAGCACAUCAUCAGGAACAUUGUGGAGAAAACCCGUCUCCCUGUCAACGUCACAGUACCCAGCAGUCCGCCCCGCAACCAGCAUGACCUCCACCUCAUCCGCGAGGGUCACCGCUACAAAUUGGUCAACAUUCAGACGAAGACGGUGGUUGUGUGCUGCGUUCUACGGAGCCACAAAAUCUUCCCCAUCCAUUUUCCCUUUCAUAUGGCCAUGCCUAGAUUUAUUAUUCCAGAAGAACUGCUGCAAGGAGAGCUGUGGCUUGAAACUAUGGUACAUCGCUGGUUCUCCUUCUGCCAGGAGCAGUUUGACAUAGACGACUAUUCUCGUGCCGUCCGGGAUGUGCGGAUAGACUGGAACGACGACGGUAAGAGCCCUAAGAAAAGCAGUGGGAAUGGCAUUUGCAGUGGAAGCAGCGGAGGCAGCAGCAGCUCCAACGGUUGUCCCAACCACAUGCAGAUUCCCAGCUCUUUAACUUACGCCCGGGAUGAACUCACCCAGUCCUUCCACCGACUAUCUGUGUGUGUGUACGGCAGCAACCUGCAUGGCAACAGCGAGGUCAAUUUGCAGGGCUGUAUGACACUAUGUGGAGACUGGUCACUUCUGCCCUCUGAUAGCCUCCCUUCAGACUCGGGAGAAAAUGAACACUUUUUCCCCGACCUGAUGGAUAGCACCAACCAACUACCCUCCCUCAACAAAUCGGAUGUCCCCUAUGAGGAGCUGUGGUUGGAUCACUUGAGAGGUCAGAACCCAAAACCUUCUUCAAGUGAGGGAACUCGAGGCAUCAACAAUGGCUGUGGUACAACAGCAGCCCUGUCAUACCCAGUCACGUGUCCUAUUGGUGCAACACCCAGUUCAGACACGUCUCUUACUCCACCACCGGUUCCACCCAAGUCGGAAGCUGUGAAGGAAGAAUGUCGUCUUUUGAAUGCCCCACCAAUCCCUCCGCGAACUUUGAAACAGAUGCCAUCGGUGCCCAUCCCGUCAAAGCCACGGCAACAGGACACUCGGUCUCCAAGUCCAACCCUCUCCUAUUAUUCUUCUGGUCUUCACAACAUUAGUGGAGCAUCUGAGCAAGAGGCGGCCGACCCACAGGAGCAAAGCCACACGUGUUACCCCUGUAACUGGGGCAAAUCCCACAGCAAUGAGCCAACUGCUACGUUGCCCGGUGGUAGCCUGCCAUCAGACGGGAUGUCCUCCAGGUUGUCUUGGCCCAACAACUUCAGUGGAGUAGACUCGCACAGCAUGGAGGACUUUCUACCAGCCAGCUGUCGAAGUUACUACAGCUACCCCAGAAAGCGAUCCCAGAACACCCCAAAAACCUGUACAUCCAGCCUGGUUGACUUUGAUGGGGAGCAUGCACACAGCAGCAAAGCUUCUCAGUUCUGCACCAAAUCUUCAAGUUUCAACUCAGAAAUGUACAGAGACAAGCCAAUAGAAGAAUCUAACACCAAGCAGAGCCUCUCUUGCCCCAUCUUACCGCCGAGAACACCAAAAUCAAAUGCCACGACGAAGUGCACAGAUUUACUGUCAGGACCAGUCUGUGACAGUGAGCAGGAAACUUCCAAUUGCUCACCUACUCAACCCGAGCAGGGCACAAAAGAGAUCUAUUCCAUCUCUAACUCAUUAACUCCUACCCGUCCAUCCUCUCCUCCCACUGCAGAGUGGCAGCCCCCGUCCAGUCUGGCCGGUCUCUCUAUUGAAGAGAUGUCCAAAUCUCUCAGGUUUAUCGGCCUGCCAGAUGACAUUAUUUCUCUUUUUGUGUCGGAGAAGAUAGAUGGGAAUUUACUCCUGCAGCUCACUGAGGAGAUUUUGUCAGAGGACUUCAAGCUAAGCAAACUGCAGGUGAAGAAACUCAUGCAGUUCAUAAGUGGGUGGAGACCCAAGAUAUAACUAACAGUAUAUGACACUAAAUCCUGUUGUAAAGCAAAGAGUAAUGCCUUCAGUAUAUAUGCUAUGCACACCAAGCCACAAAGUGUGUCUUUUUGUGUAAUAUGAAUUUAAUUCCUUGUUACUAUAUUGUGGGGAAGAUAGUUAGAUAAUAUUUCUCAGCCCACAACUGAAUGGAAUCAUUUGGCACUUUCAUGAAGACAUUUUCAUGUCAGCUACUUAGUACUUUUUGUUUGCCCACAGCCUACUAGUGUUCAUGUCAUCACAAAAAUCCUAAUUUACAGUAAGCCAACAAAUGUAAAGGAAAACACUGAUGUGACAAAACUUGAAAAAAACAUUUUGUAGUGGAUACAUAAUAGGGAAUUUGGCUGAAUUUGGUAACCCCCAAAAAAAAGUUUGCAUCCCAAGCUUGCAAUUAUAUUGUUAUGCACUGGUGACAUAUGAUGUAUGCACCGUUUUCACGAGGUCAGGGAUGUGAUAGAGAUUGCUGCUGCAAGUGCAUUUCUAAACAUGAAUCAAAACAGUCGAUUUAAUUCGCUACUGUAGAAUGAAGUCAAAACCUGCCUAUUGCUAACAGGUAUUAAGAUAUACUUAUGUGCUUUUAAAAAAUGGACCCCUUUGAGCUCUUCUCAUGCUGAAAGCUUGGUCUGCAUCAUUGAACAUUCACUACUUUUUCAAAUGGAAGAAACAGUCAAUGAUGACAACCUUAUCUUUGAGCGUGUGCUAUCACACCGAUGCACAGUCCCUCAGAAAAUGAAUUGGAAAAAACAAGACAGUGGCGCUGUGAUGUUACAGCUCUAAAUAGAUUAAAUAUAAAGUCCUUUACGUUUUGAAGACCGGCAUUCUGGAUAACACCCAAAACAUCUGCUUCUAAUGUCAAUGGAGAAUUAGUUGGCGAUCAGAAAUCACAUCUGCAUUCUUGGUGUGAUAUUCUACUUUAUGGAACUAAAGUAGCAACGAGAUGUCAGACUUGUCAACUCUCCUCAUGCGAGGUCUUAUUUCUAUUUAAUGUCUUUUUAAUCUAAAGUUGAACUACUAUAUGGCUACUUCCUUUGACCAUAAACAUGUCUGCUAAAACACUUGAGGUUAUCCAUAGCAAAAAAAGACUAACAAAAUGAUGUCCUUAUUCUAAAACUAACAUGGAAAUAACCGACAGAGGUAACGGACCAUGACGUUCUACAUAAAAUACAAAUUAUGCAUCAUGCACUUUGGUAGAUUUCAGCUUAAUUAAUUGCAGUUAAGAUCAUUAAAUAUAAACUUAUAAAAGAAGAUUGUCUAUGUAGAGAGUUAAUGCACUACACGCUUUUUCAAAACUAAAAUGGUACUUCUCCUUUGUUCUCAUUGUGUGUAUUGUAAGUGUCCUCUAAUGCUAGAAACAUGUAAAAGAUAGCUUUUCUGCGCCUUAACCCAGAGACCUUAAAAUAUAUGAAAUUUCUCUUUGGCUUAACAUUUUCAUUUAGUCGAUUCCCUUGUCUUGAGAAUAUAAACAACAUGAACAUCAGGGAAAGAUGUGAAGAACGAUCGGCUCAACUGAAAUAUUGUUUUCUAUAGGUACCAAACGUUUUUUCCCUAUAGCCUUGAUUCAGAGUUGAUUUAUUUAUGCAGUAUUUAACACAAUGCAAAAUAUGCAGAAUAGUUAUUGUCAGAUUGGCUGAUAUAUGAAGGUGCCUAAGCAACAACAGCCUUUCUACAACCCAGGUCUGAUCUGUCGGCCAACAGCUGUUGUUUUUAUCCCCCCCCCUGACACUUUUUGCAGUGGGUUGUUACAUAUUUUACUUGAUAUUUUUAUUUUUUAUGUAAGUGCAAAUUUAAUGUGACUUUUAAAAGUUAUUACUAAUGUUGAAAUUAUUUUUAUUGAGAGAAAAAAAAACGUAUGUUUAAAUUUCUGUUUUGUUUUUUAUGAUUCUGUACAACUUGGGUUGGGUUUAUAAAUCCAUGAAUUAAAAUAACACUUGGUCACGAGGUAAAAAAAAAACAAAAAAAAAAAACUGCAAGCCUCAGUCAUGCUACAUGGACAGUGACCAAAAAAUAAUGUUAAUAAGCCAUGUGUUCAGGUAAUUUUCCAGAUUUCCUUGUCACUUUGUCACAGUGUCCAGAUCUUUCUAUGGGAAAUGGCAUGUGUCCCUUGACACUAUUAUGGUGAUUAAUGUCCUAUGCAAUAGCCAUGGCGAUCCAAAGAGACCAUGAGAGGAACAACUAAGCAAGUCAGUGACGAUAAAAGGCAGUGUAUGCAUAUUGAAAUUACCACAGCGUUCAUUUCAGGUUAAUGAAAAUCGUUCAUGCCAAAGGAUUCUUUUAAGUCAAUCAUUUUACUUGAAUAAUUCUGAGAUAUAAACUGUGAACACACUACGACAACUGACCCAGCCCCAUUAAUACACCAUCAUCAAGCAGUUCAAACUGAAGGGUAUUCCAUCUCUAUAAAGCCGGUCAACUCUGGACCGAGGCCCACAUGAAUUGCUACCAUAUUUGUUCAAAAACGAGGGAAACGACCGUGACACUGGGUUUAAAAACAUUAUUGCUCAACAUUAUGGAAAUCUGUCACCUUUCAGUUCAACUCUUGUUUCCCUAUUUUUGAUUGUAUUAUCUAUUAAAAAUGGAUUAACUGAU